GAAAGGCAAUCUAAUCUAGAUUAUCUGUGUGUUCACUCUGUUGUUCAAUACUUGUUGGUUGAACGGCAUUUACAUACGUUAUAUACGCUCAGUAUACAUAUCUUACAGUGUAGUUCUCACAAAAUUUCUAGAGAAACUGCGAAAACUAUUUCUGAAAAUCUUAUAAAAAAUAUUAAAACGUAUUUGUGUCUCGAGCAGCAAGAAUAAAUUCAGUUAAAAUACUAGCCGACUCGGAAAUUAUGACAGAGACGCUAGAAAGAGCGCUGGCACCACUAAUGACCAUUGGCAAGUUCUGCAAUUUGGGCGUAUUUGAAUAUCCUGUUGGACAACCUAGAACGUGUAUCUCUUACCAGUAUGCUUUGGCUAAAUGGAGCCUUUUUAUAUACUUCUAUCACUAUCCAAAGUACAUCAAUGAGUUUCAGAUAGAUAAAACAUUUAACAUCAAUAGUAUUGUACCGUUGGUCACCAUUACAUUAAUUCUCAUUAGCAUCUAUCGUUUUAAGGAAUUGAAAAUGUGUUUACAUGAACUUGCUAUAGUAGACCACACGUUGGAAGCUCUCGGAACACCAAAGGAAUACCAAAGGCUACGUAAUUGGAUAAUUCGAAUAAUAAUCGGAUGGAUCGUAUAUGUUUUUUGUCAAUCAAUAUAUUUGACUUUUCUUCUUAUUUUUCUUAAAUACGACAUAACUUUAUUUUGGAAUCUGAUGUUAGAUACAUUUCUGGAAAAUUACGCGUCAGACGUCAUUAUCUUGAGUACUAUGAUUUCUGCAACUAUCCUUGGGUACAUCCAUCUACAAUUAUGCCUUAUAUCACGCAAACUAAACAAAAUAUUAAAAGUACAAAUGUUAAUACAAAUGGUAUGGUACUUUAAAGAAGCUUUAUCUUUCUGUCUAGUAAUGUAUAAAUUGUUUGGAGAGCAGCAUGUACGGACAUUUACUUAUGCUAUCGUCUACUUAGAUCAAUAUUUUGAAUUCGUUUUGAGGACCAUUUUAUUUCUUACAUUAUGUUGCAUAUGUCAAACUAUUUAUAAUAAGAUAAGUGAGACAGUAGCAAUUCUUCAUAAAUUGUCCAAUUAUAAUCUCGAUGAGGAUUUACGUGAACAGAUCUGGCAGUUUAUAUUGCAAAUAAAACAGAGAGAGGUAAAAUUUGGUUUGGGACAUUACUACUAUGGAUAUAAUUUUAUCUGCUGGACGUAUGCCACAAUUUUGUCCGUUAGGAUAAUUCUUACGCAGGUAUAUAACAGACUUUCCAUUCUCGCAAUGCAUGAGAAAUUUUGUUUGAUUAUGGUUUGAUAUGAAUAAGAUGGG